AUGGACGACCAAGUACUCAACCUCGAUCACAACACACAAACAGACCGUCACGGUGUUCGUCCAGGGCCAAUCCACCGUCACAGUAGGGUCCACGGGAACAGCAGCAAGUUCUUCAGAAUCAGGCUCUGGCUAUGGUGGUACGCCCAAAGGCACUAUUAUCGGUGCCGCCGUUGGUCGCGGUCUAGGCUUGAUAUUGAUCAUCUUGCUUUUUUCCUGUGGAGACGACGCCGCAAGUCUGCAAAUCAGAAACAGCAGCCAAGUCAAUUUUACGCAGCCAACAGCGAAGCCCCUGCAACGGCACGGAAGCCAUCACCUCCUUUCGUGUCAUCGCCCCCAACUCCAGCUGGGGAACGCGACACUUGGGCCUCGAGUCCUAGCCGAAGCGACUACUCCCAGCCGCCUUCGUAUCUGUCUCCCAUGCCGGAGCUGGGAAACACCCAGUUUGCUUAUGAGAUGCACACGUCGCCGCAGCGGCCGCCGCAGGAGUUGUAUCAUCCCCAGUACACGAGUGGUUUGGGAUUGCCUGAGAUGAGGGAUCAGCGGAGAGGUUAG